AAGAGUAUGGAUGAGAAGGGGGUUUCCUUUUUCUCUGCACUUGUUAAGUUCUUUCAUCUCCUCUUCCCAAAUUCCCAUUUUCCCAAACUCCCGCAUAAGAUUAAGAUAUCAUCAUCCAAUAGGCGGCUAUUACAGUCCUACAUCUACUCAAGACUGAAGACUGAAGAGUAUAUGAGAUGUGGGAAUUAAAAUGUGUUUCUCCUCCUACUACUUCUUUUACACUCACUUUCCCUCACAAUUUUUCCACCCAAACAAACCACUAUCACACUACUACUCAACCUCGCCGUUUUCCUUCUCUUUCGCUCAAUUCUCGUGCUACUACUCACCAGAAUCCCAUCAUCUCCGACGACAGAAUGCUUGUUUUUGUUCCUCCACAUCCAUUGAUCAAACAUUGGGUAUCUGUUCUUAGGAAUGAGCAAACUCCUUGCGCUGUUUUCAAGAGUGCAAUGGGUGAGCUGGGGAGACUACUUAUGUAUGAAGCUGCUAGGGAUUGGUUGCCGACUAUUGCUGGAGAAAUUCAAACGCCUAUGGCUGUUGCCAAAGUUGAAUUUGUAGAUCCAAGGGAGCCUGUAGCGGUCAUUCCUAUAUUAAGAGCUGGUCUAGCACUUGCAGAGCAUGCUGCCUCUAUUCUACCUGCAACAGCGACCUAUCAUUUAGGGGUCAGCAGGGAUGAGGAGACACUUCAGCCAACCGUCUAUUUGAACAAGUUGCCAGAAAAAUUUCCUGAAGGAGCUCGAAUAUUUGUUGUUGAUCCAAUGUUGGCAACAGGUGGAACAAUAGUUAAAGCCAUUGAGCUUCUAAAGGAGCGUGGUGUUGAAAACAAACAAAUUAAAGUGAUAUCAGCUGUUGCUGCUCCUCCAGCACUCUCAAAGCUUGGCGAGAAGUUUCCUGGGCUGCAUGUAUACACCGGAAUCAUUGAUGAAGUUGUUGAUGAGAAAGGGUUCAUCAUACCGGGACUUGGGGAUGCAGGAGAUCGUAGCUAUGCUACAUGAGUAGAGGCAUCUGGAGUAUCCAGUCAAAAAAUUCUAUUGUGCGUCGUAUCUGAAGUUUUGACAUCCUAGUUUCUUGUGAUGCAAGAUUACUCGAGUGCAUGUUAUCAAGACGCAGUAUAUGUUAGAUCGACGGCUAUUCUUUGUAUUUCGUUUGCGAGCCAUGUAAGACUCUUGUAGUAUGGCUUAGUCUUAACAGUUGUGACUUUGGAGGAGGCUAAUUGCUUUCAAUUUUGAAAACUAUCUCAAUUUUUUUACCUUUUGAUGUGUAAUUGACUUUAAUUACUCUUCCUAAUUGCAAGUUUGCAACAACAACAAUGAUUGAGAUGUAAAUAAGUCAGAGGACAGGUUGGAUUAAGGGUUGAAUAA